AUGGUUCACUUAGGGGCGAAGAAGCCUCAGCAUAGAAAACUUAGUCCAGAGUUACGAAAAGCUUAUAAAGAAGUAGAGGCACAGUUCGUUGUAUCAACUCCCAGGUUAAAGCAGAUAGUGGAUCAAUUUGUUGCUGAAUUGAAGGAAGGCUUGAAAUCAAGCAGCUCUAACAUCCCAAUGCUACCUACCUGGGUGAUGGAUUUCCCCACAGGAGAGGAAACUGGAGACUAUCUCGCAAUUGACCUGGGCGGGACCAAUAUAAGGGUUAUAUUGGUCAGACUGUUGGGAAAUAGGAAGUUUGAUACCAUUCAAUCAAAAUAUGUUUUGCCUAAAUGGAUCAGAACCUCCACAUCAAAUGAACUUUGGCUUUUUAUUGCUCAAUGUGUGAAGACUUUCAUUGAUGAAGAGUUUGAUUAUAGAGAAAGUCCGGAAGACCCAAUCCCCUUAGGGUUCACAUUUUCUUACCCUGCAUUCCAAAGUAGGAUUAAUUCGGGUGUCUUACAACGUUGGACGAAAGGAUUUGAUAUUCCGGACGUUGAAGGCCAUGACGUUGUCCCUAUGCUGCAAGACGCAUUGGAAUCAUUGGGAUUGUCCGUUGUGGUAGUGGCUUUAAUUAAUGACACUACAGGCACUUUGGUAGCUUCUACGUAUACGGAUCCAGAGACUAAAAUGGGACUGAUAUUUGGAACUGGUGUUAAUGGUGCAUACUAUGAUACGAUAAGUUCGGUCUCAAAGAUAUCAAAUGCUCUUCCACCAGAUAUUCAAGAGGAUGCAAGUAUGGCCAUCAACUGCGAAUACGGUGCUUUUGACAAUAACAUCUCAGUUCUACCUAGGACCAAAUACGAUGAUACAAUUGAUUUAGAAUCGCCCAGACCAGGGCAACAGUCGUAUGAAAAAAUGAUAUCAGGCUAUUAUCUUGGAGAAUUGUUACGAUUGGUGCUUGUAGAUUUGCACCAUCAAGGACACAUUUUCAAGGGACAAACAAUCGGGAAACUAAAUGAACCGUUCAUUAUGGAUACAUCCUUUCCUGCGAGAAUUGAAGAGGAUCCGUUUGAGAAUCUAUGUGAGACUGGAGAACUUUUUAACAGCCUAGGAAUUGAAACUACGGUUCCCGAAAGAGAACUGAUUAGACGAAUUUGCGAACUCAUAGGAACAAGAGCAGCCAGACUGUCAGUAUGUAGCAUUGCCGCAAUUUGCAAAAAACGAGGCUACAAGAAAGCCCAUUGUGCUGCUGAUGGCUCUGUCUUCACCCGCUAUCCUUAUUUCCCUGACAGAGCUGCAAGAGCGCUCCGAGAUAUAUUCCAAUGGGGCCAUUCAACUCCGGACUUAGUUACUGUAGUUCCAGCAGAAGAUGGCUCGGGAGUUGGGGCAGCUAUUAUUGCUGCACUGACCAAACAACGGAUGGCAAAUGGUGAAUCCGUGGGCCUUGACGAAUAUCACCCUCAAGAUGGAAAGGAUAGUAACUAA